GCGCGUGUGUGUGUUCAUCUGCCUCUUGUGUGCUUAAUAUCGGUAUCCAAAGGGCUCUUUUCGUUACUGGAGCUAACAUUUUAAAUGAAUGGUCUCCGCUGUGUUUCCUUUACUACUAGUAUUAGUAAUCAUCUGAUUUGCGGUUCAUUAAGCAAUGGGGUGGUGCAGUGUUCAGACUUAGGUGGCCGGAGAAUGCUGAAAUGCGACUUUAAAACAAAAAUCUUGAUUGAUGCCAUUACAUCACACUUGUAUAGGAAAGCAGCUGUUUAUAUGUGAUUUAAUAACUUAAAUUCGCCAUUGAUUGUACGUUGGGGUGCCUGAGACUAUUGUAUGCACGCGAUAUUAUUGUACAAUCUGCAUCUUGCUUUGAAAAAAAUAAGUGGGUCCCAAUUAAUUAAUAAAAGGAAAUGUGAGCUGUUGAAUUUGAUAAUUUGUUUUCUAGCUGUAAUAGGGACUUAGAAAAUAUGUUCCCUUGUUGGUAAUUACUGCAUCUUUAGAGUAUAUAGAUUAUAGUAUGUGGUGUUGUAUAUCACUGUAGAAUAGCAGUAGGACUCUGUAGAAAACUUGCUAGGGAUUUGUUGUCCUGCUUUAGCAGAAGAUAUUGAAGCAAGUGCAGUAUCGUGUUCUGCUUCACGUGUUCUGGAGCUGAGCUGUGAUGAUCCUCAGCUCAAGCUAAGCCCUGAUUGAGUAGGCUGAAUAUAUGUAGAAUGCACAUAUACUGUGUUUUUCUUUAGCAUGACCUGAGUUUCGCUGCAAAUGAAACAUUACCAUUUUUGUCACCUUGGUUAGCAUUAGUUCAUGCCAUAGCUUUUGGUUUCGUUUCUGUGCAUUUGAGGGGUGGGCAUACUUCACUGUUUCUGGAUUUCUGAUGCUGCUUUGUGAAUUUGCAGUUCACAUGCACAAAGAGCAGCAUGGAAUACUUGCUGGUAGGUGUGCUAGCCUGUCAUUUCAAGGGGCAGUUUGUGCUUGCUUGCAAGUAGAUAUCUUUGGAGGUAGGCAUACUAGUUUGAAACUUGUAAGUGGUGAACUGGAGUGUCUAAACAUUAGCAGAUCUACUCAUAAGUAAGCAUCCCGAGUUGUUUUUCCUUGUAGCAAGCUUGCCAGGGAUAAUGUUAUUUAGUAUCGGAUGCAAGAUUGUACAGAAGUUAAUGCAUUUUCAACAAGGUACUAGCUCCCCUCCUUGUUCUGAAAAACCUGUGUGUGCAGCCCUCUUGGGAGUGUCAUCUAGUUCUGCCUCUGACAAAGGAAAAAUGGCAUUCAGUAAAGGUUAUCGUAUCUAUCAUAAGCUGGAUCCACCACCAUUCAGUGUGAUAGUGGAAACCAGAAGCAAGGAAGAAUGCCUUAUGUUUGAGUCUGGAGCUGUGGCUGUUCUCUCAUCUGCAGAGAAAGAGGCAAUCAAGAACAUGUACUCAAAGGUAAUGGAUGCAUAUGGACUUCUAGGUGUAUUGAGAUUAAAUCUUGGAGAUACAUUGCUACAUUAUUUAGUGCUUGUCACAGGAUGUAUGUCUGUGGGAAAGAUUCAAGAAUCUGAAGUUUUUCGUGUUACUUCUACUGAUUUAAUAUCAUUGCGAAAUGACCCAUCUGAUGAAGAACGCAUCUCUGAAGUGCGCAAAGUUUUGAAUUCAGGAAACUUUUAUUUUGCAUGGUCUUCUGCUGGGGUCAGUUUAGAUCUUAGUCUUAAUGCCCAUCGUAGCAUGCAAGAACAAAGCACUGAUAACAGGUUCUUCUGGAACCAGUCACUACACUUGCAUCUUAAACAUUAUGGAGUGAACUGUGAUGACUGGUUGUUACGUCUCAUGUGUGGAGGAGUAGAGAUUAGAACAAUUUAUGCAGCUCACAAACAGGCAAAGGCUUGCAUUAUUUCACGGCUAAGCUGUGAACGGGCUGGGACCAGAUUUAAUGUUCGAGGAACAAAUGAUGAUGGCCAUGUGGCCAAUUUUGUUGAAACUGAACAGGUGAUAUUCCUAGAUGAAUGUGUGUCUUCCUUUAUACAAAUCCGCGGAUCUGUUCCGUUAUUUUGGGAGCAGCCUGGAUUACAAGUGGGGUCUCAUCGUGUUAGAAUGUCAAGGGGAUUUGAAGCAAAUGCACCAGCCUUUGAUAGACAUUUCCGUACUCUUAAAAAUAUAUAUGGAAAACAAAUAAUUGUAAAUCUUCUUGGGUCAAAAGAAGGGGAGCACAUGCUUAGCAAAGCCUUUCAGAGCCAUUUGAAAGCAUCUGAACAUGUUGAUGACAUAAAAAUGGUGAAUUUUGACUAUCAUCAAAUGGUCAGAGGUGGAAAACCAGAAAAGCUACACAGCGUUCUUAAACCACAGAUCCAGAAAUUUCUUGAAUGUGGAUUUUUUUACUUUGAUGGAAAGGAAGUUCAAAGAUAUCAAAGUGGUACUAUAAGAACAAACUGCUUGGACUGUCUGGAUAGAACAAACAGUGUACAGGCUUUCGUUGGCUUAGAGAUGCUAACAAAACAACUGGAGGCUUUAGGUUUAACUGAAAAACCUCAGUUAGCUACUCGUUUCCAGGAAGUUUUUCGGUCCAUGUGGUCUGUUAAUGGUGACUCAGUCAGUAAAAUAUAUGCUGGAACUGGAGCUCUUGAAGGAAAAGCAAAGGCUGGGAAGCUGAAGGAUGGUGCACGUUCUGUGACCAGAACAAUUCAAAAUAACUUUUUUGAUAGCUCAAAGCAGGAAGCUAUUGACGUUUUGUUGUUGGGGAAUACCCUAAAUAGUGAUUUAGCAGACAAAGCACGGGCUCUCUUAACCACCGGCAGUUUACGUGUUUCAGAACAGGCAUUGCAAUCAGCAUCAGCAAAAAUACUGAAGAGCAUGUGUGAGAACUUCUAUAAGUAUUCGAAGCCAAAAAAAAUACGAGUUUGUGUUGGAACAUGGAAUGUCAAUGGUGGGAAGCAGUUUAGAAGCAUUGCCUUUAGAAACCAGACACUGACUGACUGGCUUUUAGAUGCACCAAAAGUAGCUGGCAUCAGUGAAUUCCAAGAUCGAAGGAGCAAGCCAAUUGAUAUUUUUGCUAUUGGAUUUGAAGAAAUGGUAGAGCUAAAUGCGGGGAAUAUUGUGAGUGCAAGUACAACCAAUCAAAAGUUAUGGGCUGUUGAGCUGCAGAAGACUAUCUCAAGAGACUACAAAUAUGUUCUGCUGGCUUCAGAACAGUUGGUGGGUGUCUGCCUCUUUGUAUUCAUCAGACCUCAACAUGCACCAUUUAUCAGGGAUGUUGCAGUUGAUACUGUAAAGACUGGCAUGGGAGGAGCCACUGGCAAUAAGGGUGCAGUAGCAAUCCGGAUGUUGUUUCAUACUUCUAGUCUUUGCUUUGUAUGCAGUCAUUUUGCUGCAGGACAGUCACAAGUCAAAGAAAGAAAUGAAGAUUUUGUAGAAAUAUGUCGAAAACUGAGCUUCCCAAUGGGAAGAUUGCUGUUCUCCCAUGACUAUGUAUUCUGGUGUGGUGACUUUAAUUAUCGCAUUGAUCUUCCUAAUGAGGAAGUAAAGGACCUAAUUCGGCAGCAGAAUUGGGAUGCUCUUAUUGCAGGAGAUCAACUGAUUAAUCAGAAAAAUGCUGGGCAGAUAUUUAGACACUUUUUAGAGGGGAAAAUAGUCUUUGCCCCUACAUACAAAUAUGACUUAUUUUCGGAUGACUACGAUACCAGUGAAAAAUGUCGUACACCAGCCUGGACAGAUCGAGUACUGUGGAGAAGAAGAAAAUGGCCUUUUGACAGAUCAGCGGAAGAUAUGGAUCUUCUGAAUUCCAGUUUUCAUGAUGAAAGUAAACUUCUUUACACAUGGAAUCCUGGAACUUUGUUGUAUUAUGGAAGGGCAGAACUGAAAACAUCUGAUCAUAGGCCUGUUGUUGCACUGGUUGAUAUAGACAUCUUUGAAGUUGAUGCAGAAGAGCGACAGAAAAUAUACAAGGAAGUAAUUGCAGUGCAGGGACCACCCGAUGGUACUAUAAUGGUCUCUAUAAAAGGGUCAUCUGCAGAAGAAAACUAUUUUGAUGACAGUUUGAUUGAUGAACUCCUUCAAAAGUUUGCUACUUACGGUGAAGUGAUACUCAUAAGAUUUGUAGAAGAUAAAAUGUGGGUGACAUUUUUGGAAGGGAGUUCUGCUUUGAAUGUUCUGAAUCUAGAUAACAUUGAGCUUCUUGGUCGAACAGUCAACAUUAACUUGAAAAGCCCAGAUUGGAUUAAGACUUUAGAAGAAGAGAUGAGUCUAGAGAGAGUUAAUUUUGGCUUACCAUCAUCAACAAGUUCUACUUUGCUUUGUGAAGAUGCAGAAGUUUCUGCAGACUACGAUAUGGAAGGUGAUAUUGACGACUAUAGUGCUGAAGUAGAAGAAAUUCUUCCUCAGCAUCUACAGCUAGCAGCAAGUUCUGGUUUUGGAGUCUCACCUGGCUCUUCGCCUCGUUCAAGCCCCUGCCAAUCACCUACAUUCUCAGAUGGGCCACCUCCAACCCUGCCAACAAGACCAAGCAGAACACCUAACAAGACUCCUGGACCACCUGUAUCUUCUCAAGGUUCUCCAAUUGACUUCCAGCCAGUUACUCAGCUAAGAGAGUCCACUCAAAGCUUGGAACCCAAACGUCCACCUCCACCUCGCCCAGUUGCACCUCCUGCUCGUCCUGCUCCACCACAGCGACCACCUCCACCAUCAGGGGGUAAAAGUCCUGCACCUACUAGAAAAGAACUUGGAGGUCUUGGUGCUCCUCCCAGCCCUGUUGUAGCUAGGAAAGAAGAAGCUCAAAAAAGCCCUGGACCACAAAGAAAAGAGAUAGUUCAUAGUCAGUCACCACUUCCAACUGGAUUAACAAGCACAGCAACUUCUGGUUACAGUACAUGCAGACCGACGAUUCCUCCCCGAGCUGGAGUCAUCAGUGCACCACUAAGCCAAGUCCGCCCUGCUGUGGGAAGACAUACACCUGAACUCCAAGCUAAACCAGCAGAACUGCCAAAAGGAUCCCCUGUGCUUCCUGAACCACUUAAGCCACAGAUGGCGGGUCCUGUUCAAUCCGCCACUCAGCCCCCUGUCCUAAAAAUGCAGGAACCUCUUAUACCCAUGACAGCAACAUCUCAGACAGCUUCUCCACAAAAUCUGGAAACACCACCACAGCCUCCACCUCGUAGCAGAUCAUCCCAAAGUUUGCCUUCUGAACCUGUUCCUUCACAGAAACCAAUUAAAACAAAUGGAUUUCAUGCUGUUCCGCUCGAAACACAACUAAACAAUUAUCCUUUUGAAGAUCUGUCCCUUCAGCUGCUUUCUGCACCCAAAAUUCAGUCAUCAGUUCAAAUGUCACCAGUUGUACCUUUAAACCAAAAGAUGCUGACAAAGUUGCCUUCUGCAACAGACAAUUUUAAUAAUUUGAGUUACGUGAAUUGCAUGCCAGCAAUGCCACCUAUUCCAGUGUAUAGUAAAUGUGAAGAACAUAUUCGCAGUUCUCCAAAUCCAUUUGCUACUAGACAAAACAGCACAAAUCCAUUCACUGAAAAAAAUAAUGCUGGAAAUCCAUUUAGAACAUACGCCCAAGAAUCUGGAGUGACUUCAGAUUGCUCAACAGAAGGAUCUGCUGCUUAUCCUUUUCCACCUCUAAAGCCUCCCAGUCACCAUAAAGGCAAGACUGCAUUUUAUGUUGAUCCAUUUGAAGACUGUUUUAGUUUGCAAAGUGAAUCUUCUGUAGGUAACAAUAGAAAACCAAAAAGAUGGGUAACUUUUGAAGAAGAGGAAUUUAUGUUGAAGCAAAGGUCACUGAACAAUUCCACAGAAUUAAAGAGAGCUAGUUCCAUGCAAGCAACUUGCUUUCCAAGUACAGUGGGCCCUGAACAACAUAUCUUUGGCUCCAACUCUGCCAAUCACAGUGACUGGAACAGAAGCUCUGAUUCUUUCCAUCCACCUCCAGCAGGACCACCUCCUGUACCAUCCAGGUCAACCAGCACCAAAUCUGCUACAGAUCCUCUUACUUCCCUUGAACCUAACGCUUUAUCGGCACAUUUUACUGAAAGAUAAUUUCUUUAAAACUGAAUGUUAAGUUACUUGCUUAAAAGUAUCCAAUAUAAUUGGGCAUUGUGAUGUACUUCUAUGUGCAAUAAUUAUUUUGUCUGCUGCACUGAAUCUUAAAUAUCAAAUCUCUGUGUACAAACUUUAAAUAUAUGUAUAUAUGGUAAUAUACAGUUAACCACACUUUAUCUCAUUCUGCCACUUCUAAUAAGCAGGGAAGGUUAUGUAUACACGAGUUCUAAAGACUUCAGUGGACUUCAAGUACAAAAGUAGGUGUUUCCUCCCAUUUGGUUGUCAGUAGCACACAGAAGCAUUGCUUUCUCUAGAGAGUGCACAUAGUUCUUAACACUUCUGUUUCUUACAGAAGGAAUUAAAUACCGUUUUAAGUACCCUCGUGACUGGUAGAACAUACAAUAAUUUCUAGUACCUGAUAACUGGUAUAUUUGUAAGUAUUAAACAAAGAACUGCCAGAGAUUUAUUCAAAUAAUGAUUUUUUUGAGGGGUAAUGUUGGGGAAAUAAGUUAUACCAGAGAUUUAUGAAAAUUUGUAAAGGUAGUGCCAUGCUGCUUAAGGUUUUUCUUAUGAUUUGGUUAGCAGCACAUACUAAUAGUUUGUUUGCCAUUGUAAAUGUGGUGUUUUUGCGCACACAAAAACAAAUAUGAAAGUUCCAUUAAAUUUUAGUUUUGGACAUGAUUCAUAUUAAGGAACUUUCCUGCUCUAACUUCUCUAAUACUUUUCCUUGGGAAUUAUGAACCUCAUAAUUGCGGGAUGAGGGGGUAACUUUUGAUAUGAAGGUCUGGGAAGUAAUCUGAUAUCUGGUCCAUCUAUUUCAAUUUUGUUCAGGAAUUUUGUUCAAUUUUGUUCAGGCUCCUAGCAAGAGCCCUUGCUAGGAGUAUAGUGCUAUAUCUCAAAUGAGAGUCUUCAACAGAACAAACUUCUGCCAACAGUUUCUGUACUGUUCUGUCAACAUUUUAAUCACUUAUCCUUGCAGACAGAGCCUGACAAUGCUGCUAAAUCUGUCACAAUUUGCACAAUGCUUUAUAAACCUCCAAAUGGCCCUAUCAUAAUGACUUUUGAAAUGAAUGACAUUUAAUAAAUGUAGUAUUUUGGCGUCAUGAAGGAAACUCACAAGUUUUUCAGCAAUACUUUGCUAGGCAAGUUCAUUCACAGUAUAACAGCUAUUAUAUUGCUUGCUUUUUAAAAACACAUUCAAUAUCUCUUGAGAAGGGCCUUGCUGAAUAUGCCUGCUCUUGUUGAUAUUAGCAAUCUGCUCUUAUUUACUCUGUUAGCAAAGUCUGCCUCUUGUUGCAUUUGUGAAUGAAUCACAGCAUACUAGCAUUUAACUGAGCAGCAGUAGUCAAAUUAAUUUUCUAAAUUCUAUCCCAGUGUAUUUACAUGAAUCCUCCCAUCUAACGGUGCACAACCAUUAAUUGCAGUUGACUAGAGAAAUAAAGUGACUUCUGUAUUGUACUUUUACAGUUCAUUUAAAAGUACUUGUUCUUUUUAAAACAGCAGUGAUGCUAAAAACUUUGUGCUUAAGUAUGUGACUUAACUAGUUAAAACUCUGAUUAACAUCUUUGUGAUUGUGCUUUUGGUAUUAUGUUGGCAAAACAAUUGUGUUCUGGAAAGUUAGUGCAAAUUACAGUUCAGUGAUAUGUAGUCCUUGUUGAAAUAUUUAAUUUCAGUUACAGAUUUUCUAUAAGAUAUUUAAAAUGUAGGCCCCCAAUACCUUCACUGGAUUACAAAAUUUGGCAGCAAAGUACGCAAAAAUGCAACAAAGCACCUAUGAGCAUAGGAUGGAUUGUAAUGUAUAGUUACCAUCAUAAUGUAUAUUGUUAAAGUUUAAUUACUAGCAGUGUCAAAAUUACCAACUAGUUUUAAAAUGCUGUGUUUCCAUGGAGUGUGUUCCCUGUGGCAAAUUGCUUUGUUAAUGUGUAGCAGCUUAUUACUUGUGGUACACAAUAUUAUUUGACUGUAUUCAUUACAAAACUACAGUAUUAACCCAGUGCUCUACAAUAUUCCAUACAUAUCCUGUGAAGUUUGGUGUUGCUUUAAUGAAAUAAAUAUACCCAUCUUUCAGAGGA